GGUAGUUUUCGCUCUCUUCAUAACGAUUCUUACGCUUCGGUUAUCCCGAAUUUAAUCCAUUAUCAACACUAAUUAAUCAUUGUCAAGGCCGUUGUCUUUGAAGGCACGCAACCCAGCUAUUCUCCUAGUCUACCGCUCCUUGCUUUGACCCCCGACAUCCUUUCAAGGUCGACAACCUAACUGCACCGUCUCCUCUACGCGACCAUAUGGCCAUUCGCGAAUAGAUUCAGUUAUCCGAAUACUAUCCAUCGUACCAUCUUUAUCCCAAAGAUGGGCCCUACAAGCUCGGCCGUUACGGGCCAGUUGAAGCAAAUUGUUUACUAUCAUCUCGACAAUAUGUCCUAUGAAAGUGCACUGUUCUUUGCUGAAAGAUUGGCCGCCCACGAUCCUCGCUCGAGCGACUCGCCAUAUCUCCUUGCACUCUGCCAUUUCCGACUUGGUGACUACCACUCAGCUUACGAAAUCAGCAAAGCCGUCGGUUACCGUGGAAGCAAUGUCUCCUGUUCAUAUAUAUUUGCACAGUGCUGCCUCGUGAUUGGGCAAUAUAAAGAUGGGAUCACAGCAUUGGAAAAGUCGAGAAGUUCAUGGUCUAGGAAGUCAAGUCUGGGCAAGCACAACGCAACGAAUAGAGCGCAGCAUCCGGACUCAGCAAGUACUGCAUGCUUGCUUGGGAGGCUCUACCGGGCCCACAAUGACAAAAAUAAGGCCAUAAUCCACUUUGAAGAAGCGCUCAAGUUAAAUCCGUUCAUGUGGGAUGCAUUCACAGCUCUGUGUGAUAUGGGUGCCGACGUUAGGACAGCAAAUAUUUUCAAGCUGAACGACAUGCUAAUUGAUAGCUCAAAUACGGCCCAGCUAAAUGGAAUUCUCUCGGAGCAAAAGGAUAGUACUGCACCUAAUAUAGCGGAGUCCCAACCUAAGAAGGCAGCGUCCCGUUCUGCGGUUUACGAUACGAUGGUUGACCCAUUCGAUUCACAAAGGUCGACAGCUGGAAACGAGAUGCUCCUGGGCGCUAACUUCCUCUCUGGUGAGAAUGAUUUUGUAUCUAAAAUCAACGCGGCUCGCUCUAGGAUGGCUACCACCACCGCCCCCGAAACCGGCUUUGAAAGCGUUGAGACGCCAACAACAAACCAUACCGACUCGAACAUACCGAGGAUUAAUCACCCACCUGAGCCCCCUCAAGCUCCUGCCAGAAAGACGAGGAACGCACAGCCUAUCGAGCCUAAUCAGAUGGAUAUGCCUUCAAAGAUAGGUUACCGAAUAGGCACUAAGAGAGCUCAGAAGCUACAGGAUAAGUCUCAAGAAGACUUCCCUCCAGAGCACAAUUCUACUCUCCUUAGGCCGACUGCCUCUAGUGCGUCUGGCAUAGAGAGGAAGAGGACUGUAUCUGGUCACCUCGUGCAACCAAGGCAACGGCCGGACGAACCUGGCGCCCCCCAACGACGGAGCGCAAGAUUAAAUCCGUUCGGAGGCGCUAAUGCAAAAGCUAACUCCGCGUCAACUGUUGGUCCAACACGAGAAUUGAAGAAGGCUAGACCCCCUAUCUCAAGAAUUGUACGUCCCAAUUCGAGCGGUUCCAAUGUCGGCAGAGCUAUUAGUGGUAACAGGAAACCGUUGGAGGAGAAUAGUAUGGACGUAGACCCGGCGGAAGUGCCACGGAUUAAAGAGGUCCAUUAUCCUCCUGCUACGAAAUCCGCAGAGCCGGAAUCUAUCAAAGUUGAGGAAACGUUAAAGUUCCUACUAGAAUUAUUAAGGAAAUUCGGCUCCGGCUAUUUGGCACUAUCACGAUAUCGGUGUGCCGAAGCUUUGAUCUUCUAUACGUCGCUGCCACGGACGCAUCAAGAAACGCCGUGGGUGCUUUCGCAAAUCGGAAGGGCAUACUACGAGCAAGCAGCAUACGCGGAGGCGGAGAAGUUUUAUAGAAGAUUACGGAUACUGGCUCCUACUCGCUUUGAAGAUAUGGAAGUCUACUCGACCAUUUUAUGGUUCCUCAAAAGAGAGACGGAUUUAUCGUUCCUUGCUCACGAACUUGUCGAUAUGUCAUGGCAUUCCCCCCAGGCCUGGUGUGCACUUGGCAACGCUUGGUCGCUCGCUCGAGACCAUGAACAAGCAUUGAGAUGCUUCAAGCGGGCUACCCAACUAAACCCCAAGUUUGCUUAUGCGUUUACUUUACAGGGCCACGAACAUGUUUCAAAUGAAGAGUAUGAGAAGGCGCUCACGGCGUAUCGUCAAGCAAUAUCAGCCGAUCGUCGGCAUUACAACGCAUAUUAUGGUAUUGGUAGGGUAUAUGAAAAACUUGGCAACUAUGACAAGGCCUAUAUACAUUUCCACUCAGCAUCCAUUAUAAAUCCUACCAAUGCUGUCCUGAUAUGCUGUAUCGGCAAUGUCCUUGAGAAGCAGCGACAGAUUGUCAAGGCACUCGAAUAUUUUACUAAGGCCACCGAACUUGCUCCACACGCCGCUCAAACUCGAUACAAGAAAGCUAGAGCUCUAUUGGCUCUCAAUCAACUCGAUGAAGCGCAUAAGGAACUUGAUAUCCUGAAGACACUCGCUCCCGACGAGGCUACUGUGCAUUUCCUCCUCGGGAAAUUAUAUAAGACCUUGAAUGACAAGGGUGCCGCCGUGCGGCAUUUCACGAUUGCUCUAAAUUUAGAUCCCAAGGCAAGUCAACAAAUCAAAGAAGCCAUCGAGAGCCUUGAAGAUGAUGACAGCUUUGACGAUUCUAUGAUGGCAUGAUAAUAAGACACGGCGGAAGCAUUUGUGUUUAUUAAGCGGAGUUUCUUUUAAAUGCCAUGGUUAUAGCGGCAUAAGGGAGGUUCGGCUAGAAUCGAGUAUUUCCCAGGCAUUGCGUUGAACGUCUUUGGGGAGGUUCGACAUCGAAUGCGGCACGGCCUUAUAAGUGAUAAGUUUCGGCCUUACGGGUAUUUGACAUUACGAGGUCUGGAGAGGCAUAUGCAUCGGCGUUUGGGGAAUUCUAG